GAACAGUAGGGAAAAAUGACAGGCCCCACCGUGAGGGUGAGAGUGGAGAGCAUCUUCCCCAACUCAAACGCCACCAGCUUCAACCCGCCCCAUGCCCUCUCUCCAGUCUCCACCAUCAAACCCAAACUCAAACCCACCCACCCACCGUUCUCUUCUCUCUCUAACUUUCUCUCUAGAAUGGACGCCGAUGUCCCCUGGGCGGGCGGCCAGGGCGGAGGCGGGUUUAUGAGCAACUCCCUAAGCACUAGUCUUUCUCUGCCGCUGGCCCGUUACACGACGAGGCUGAUCACGGGAGAGCACCAUAGCCUUCUAUGGGACUGUACGCAGCCAAGAUCGGAGGACUACGACGACCGGCACAUGAGCGACGGUGGCGGCGGCGGUGGCGGUUUCUCGAAGCCCAUUGUGGUGCUGGACGUGAUAUGGAACCUGGCUUUUGUCUCCGUGUCGAUGGUGGUGCUGCUCUCCACGUUUCAGGAGAGGCCGUCGAGGCCGUUGAGGGUUUGGAUUUUUGGGUAUGCUUUGCAGUGCCUUUUGCAUGUGGGUUUUGUGUGUUUUCAGUUCCGAAGGAGGAAUCACGGCAAUGAAGACCGUCACAGCAGCAUAGUGAAAAGGCUGGAGUCAAUGAACACAAUGUUUUCAUCUGUCUGGUGGGUGUUUGGAUUCUGUUGGAUUCUUGCUGGUGGCCAAGUACUUAUGCAAGAUUCUCCUCGUCUUUACUGGUUGGCAGUGGUGUUCUUAGCCUUUGAUGUAUUCUUUAUGAUGUUUUGCAUCGGGAUGGCCUGUAUCUUUUUCUUUGCUCUGUUCUGUUGCAUUCCACUGGCAGCAAUUGCUUAUGCCAUGAAAAUUAGAGAAGGUGCAUCUGAAGAUGAUAUCAGGCUUCUUCCAAGGUAUCGUUUUUGUGAUGCUAGUUUGGCGAGGAAAGUUGACGAUGACAAGAAGCAAGCACUUGAGGCAGCAGUAGAGUUAGGCAGCAGUAGCUCCAUUAGUGAUCUUGCUCUUCAUCCUGAGGAUUCUGAAUGCUGCAUAUGCCUUUCUCGGUAUGUAGAUGGGGCAGAGCUUUAUAUCCUUCCAUGCAACCACCAUUUUCAUUGUGGAUGCAUUAGUAGAUGGCUUAGGAUAAAUGCAACCUGCCCUCUCUGCAAAUUCAAUAUCCUUAGGGGUGAUAUGUUGGUCUGACCAUCCCCUCUGCAACCCAGAUUCUACCAGUGAAAGAGUGUGUAGUAUGGGCAGGUGCACUCGGAUGAUCCUUGUCUUGCUGAUCAGUUGACACCAAUAUGUAGAAAAAAGAGAAGCCUUCUCAUUUCAGAAUUCUAUUUCCACACUCUCUUCAGCUUUUUCUGUUGUGAAUUUUUCAAUUUUAUUUUCAAGCUUAGAUGUUGUAGUGGUUGUAUAUAUUAUUCACAAGGUUAAAAGGGAAAAAAAAAAACUAGAGAAUGUUGUCCCUGUCACUUGAAUUUCUCUGCAUCUUCUGAAAUUAUGUAUACAUAUAAAUUCCACACCA